GUCUGUGCCGCUGCUUCCGGGUGUCUUCAGUCCAAAGCCCCUUUACAUCAGAUAUUCUGGUAUAUUCUGAUGAGAAUAAUAAGGCUGCGGGGUUAGGAAAGCGUCUCAAAAAUGAACAGGAUAUUCGGACGAGGAAAGCCGAAAGCUCCUCCUCCAAAUUUGUCGGACUGCAUUGGGAAUGUGGACGCCAGGACAGAGUCCAUUGAGAAGAAGAUUGGCAGGCUGGAUGCUGAGCUGAUGAAGUACAAAGAUCAGAUGAAGAAGAUGAGAGAUGGGCCCUCAAAGAACAUGGUAAAGCAGAAGGCGAUGAGAGUCCUGAAGCAGAAGAGAAUGUAUGAAGGUCAAAGGGAUCAACUGGCACAGCAGUCCUUUAACAUGGAGCAGGCAAACUAUACAAUCCAGUCAUUAAAGGAUACCAAAACAACGGUGGAGGCCAUGAAGAUUGGUGCAAAGGAAAUGAAGAAAGCAUACAAGGACGUCAAACUUGAUCAGAUUGAGGAUUUACAGGACCAACUGGAGGACAUGAUGGAAGACGCUAAUGAAGUCCAAGAGGCCCUGAGCCGUAGCUACGGCACUCCAGAGAUAGACGAGGAUGAUCUUGAAGCAGAGCUGGAUGCCCUGGGAGACGAGCUGCUGCUGGACGACGACAGCUCCUACCUGGAUGAGGCUUCGGCCGCCCCAUCUAUUCCUGAGGGAAUCCCCAGCGACAGCAAGACAAACAAGGAUGGCGUUUUGGUGGAUGAAUUCGGGCUGCCGCAGAUUCCCGCCACAUAAAGGAGGAACGGACAAAACAGCUGCACUUCGACUGAAACACUUUUGUAAGCAGAGUGGCGUUUCUAGCUGGAGACCAGUUUGACCUGAGAACACUACUGUCCCGCAGUCGUCUUGGUGAUGGAUCGUGUGUUGUUACGACUACCAUGCUAGCAUGUGGCCUUGUAACAUAGCCAUUCCUUUUUUUUAAUCCUUAAUCCCCUUCAUCCUCCUUUCCAUCACUUGUCAUCCAUGUCCAUGUAUAUUAAUUUAUUAUUUACUAAUUUUUGUGUGAUGUCAGCGCUCACUUGUUUACUCAUUAACUGUUUUACAGUUCUCAAAAGUGGAAGUGAUUUCCCUUUUGUCCUUUCAGUAUGUCUGCAAGGCCCUUUGAAAUGAACAAAAUAAAUUGUUUUUUUGAUUUAACCUUUCAGAA